AUGAUUCAUCUCAACAUGAUCAUCAACCAACCUCCUAUCAGUAUUCUUAUGAGUCCCAUCCAUCCAGAGAAGACUUAUAGUAAACCUGAAGCCCAUGUAACUCACAAAGACAGAGGUAUUCACAAGAAAGGUGCACUUCUGAAGAAACCUUCAAAGUCCAAUUUAGUUAAAACCUUUGGUAAUCCGAACCACAUACAAAAGAUUGUUUCCUUUGCUCCUCCUGCACCUGCACCUGCUCCGGUUCCCACGUCUUAUCCUUCUCAAGAUAUAACCAUGGUUGAGUUCGCUCUACCACAGGCUCCCGUAUUGACAAAGGUCUUUGUUCCUAUUCCGAUACAAUGUGUGUUGAAACAAGACCCAGUUCAACCAGUACCCACCAAGCCUUCUACCAUUAUCUCUGAAAGUUCUGAAAGUGAAAGCUAUGAGGAUAGUUCAAGCAGCUCUGAUGAAUCCGGGAGUAGUGAAUCUGAUGAGGAUCUCAUGCUUAUUACCGAGGAUAGUGUAAGUGAAGAGUUGUAUAUGUUAAAGGAUGAUAUCAACUCGGGGAGUGUGUUAAUUGAAGUAGACUAUAGGAAAGUAGUAAUACUGUUUGAACUUUUACGUCAAGUUGAGUAUAAAUAUAAGAAAUCAAUAGUUUUGAUUUAG